GUCUUAUAGGCGACCCCAUUGCUUUCUGUUCACAGCAUCUGCGACACCGCGAGCCAUGUCUGAGCCUCCUGCCUCUGGAGAACGACGAUCCGGAAGACAGACGAGAGUGGUGGAGCGAUACAAGAAUCCUCAAGGUCUCAAGCGCAAGCGCACCGAAGAUAGUGAAGAAACUCCCGAAGAAGUUCAAGACAUAUAUGAGGAUGAUGAUUUGCUGGGCCUGGAGGAGGACGAAGAAGACGAUAACCGGGAUGACGACGCGGACGAGGAGGAGUAUCAUGCUCCCCGAUCCGGACCGAAGGCGGCCAAGUCACAAGCUCCCAAACGCCCCAAAGUCCCGGAGCAAGAAGAUGCGAAUGGGCAGGUGAAAAAGUCCAAGGCGAAGGCCCGGUCGAAGCCGGUGGAUGGAGCAUCCAAGGCUGCUCCCAGGCCAAAAGCGAAGAAGGCACGGCUUGCUGGCGACUCGGGAGGCGGAACGGUCGUGAACGGCGAGGGUAUCACUGGAGGAAUCAAGGACGACAACCAUUUGUUCAACGCGCUCCUGAAUUCUGGUAGUUCGCUCCAGACGGUUUCUGAAGACUUCUUGGAGUCCUUCCGCGAGUCAGCUUUGCCUGCCCUCGCCGAGCUCAUCACAAUGGUGGUUCGUUCUUGCGGUGCGAACGCCGAUAUUACUGCCAACGAAGUGGCGGAUGAAGAUGGGAUAGUCGGGGUCUGCGAAGACAUCAUGGAAGCAAUCAAGACGACUCAGGCGCCUCCGUAUCCCCUAAUUUCUCGCCUUCCAACUAUGAAGCCUAUACGAAAGGCACUGUCGGCAUUCUUUAUUUAUCUCACGAAAUCCGCGCACCUAUCUAGUCAAUUAUACAAGACCGACCUUAUCCAGACUCUGCUCUCCUGGCUCACCACGAUGUCGUCGUCGUCUCUCCGAUCCUUCCGCCACACCAGCACUUAUAUCGCUGCUUGCGUUGUCGGCGGUCUAUGUGAAGUUUACAACGAAGUUGAAAAGGAUACAAGUGUCGUUGGAAGACAAAGAGAGGCUGAGAGAAAGAAGAAGAAAUCGGGCGUGGCGGCCUCUAAGGACUCCCUCGACAAACGCUUUUCCGAAUUGAAAGGGAAACAGAAGGCCAUUGUGGAGUUCAUGAAGGAGUUUUUCGAUGGUAUCUUCGUCCAUCGCUAUCGAGACUUCGAUCCCGAGAUUCGCGCCGAGUGUAUGCAUGAGCUUGGAACCUGGAUGAUGGGAUGCCCCUCAUUCUGGCUUGAUGGGUCAUAUCUAAGAUAUGCCGGCUGGCUUCUCAGUGAUUCGAGUACUCACGUUCGUCUCGCAGCGCUCAAGGCUCUUGCCCCUCUGUAUUCUAUUCCCAGCUCUACAGCUCUAUCACACUUCACAACUCGUUUCCUGCAACGCCUCGUUCAGAUCGCGACCAGUGACACCGACGUUCCCGUGCGUUGUGCAGCUCUUAGUCUGUUGACGGAAAUCGAUGCGCAUGAUCUUUGGGGUGAUGAGGAAGACGUCGGGGCCACUGAUCGCGCGAAAGUCUGUCUCCUCAUCUGGGAUACUGAGCCAAGAGUUCGACGUGCUGUGGGACCAUUCUUCGCCAGCGUUUGGGCUGAACAGGUCCAGGAGGUUGUCGAAGCGCGUGGUCGAAAGAGAAAGGAAAUCGAAGGCGAACAUGAAAAAAUCGGAGCAAAGCAGCUAGCCGUCCUUCUUGUCCGAUUGGAGACACUGGUUGACGAAGAAACCUCACAGUCUGGAGACGAGCCUCGAACUGCAUAUGUGACCCGCCAAGUGUCUUCUCGUCUCCCCGGCGUACCAGGAGCAGAAUCUCGAGUCGUUCUCGCUGUCGACGCUUUGUGGAAUCACGUCGACAUCAUACCAGAGUGGGAGUCCUUGCUGGAGCUGUUGCUUCUAGAUCAUACUAUUGGCGACGAUUCUAGCAGUCCUCGCAAACGCGGUAAAGCAUCUCGGAAGGAUUCAGAUGAUAAUGCCGAUGCAGCAGACGAGGAACAAGAAAAGGUCGACGAUCGAUGGCGCUUGGAAGAUAGAGAGGAGAGCGUGCUACUAGAGGUCUUUGGCGCCAGCUUGGCGAAAGCCAUUACCGAGGCAGAAUCAGAUAAAAAGAUGGAGGCCAGCGACGUGAAGGGAGACAUCACACGAGCCCUUAUUCCGGCAUUGCCAAAACUCUUCGCCAAAUAUCAGACAGACGUUGGCUGCAUUGCUGACCUGCUGGUAGUCCCUCGACUUCUCGAUCUUGAUCUCUAUGUCGAGAUGCGAGAAACGAACGCUUACGAACUGCUUUGGGACGACGUCUCGCAGCAGUUCCUCAAGCAAUCUGACCCUGUAGUUCUGCGCAACGCAGUGGGCACAAUUGUAUUCCUGCUGUCCUCGGGCAUAUCUCUCCUGAACAUCAAUUCACGGAAGGUGGCAGAGCUCGAGGAUGAAUUGUUCACUUCUCUGCGAGAUGCCGUGGCUGGUCGUGACGAGCUCGAGGUGGCUAAUUUCGACGAGGAUGAAAUUCAAGCUCUUGGUGCCGUUGUUACGCGCCUCGCAUCCCUGUUUGCGACCCGUGACUUGACUGCUGGGAUGGAAGAAGACGAGGGUGGCAAACAGAGUAAUGCUUGGGAUAUUCUUUGUGCGCUUGCCGAACGGGGUCGUUUAGGGUACAAAGAUGAGGAAUCGAUGAUCGACCAGUGUCUAAAAGCCCUCAACUUUCACAUUGUGUGGAAGACGAGAAAGAUGCUGGCAGCACCGGCCACUGAAAACGAUGCGGAAGCAGAAGCCCCUGCUCUACUUUCCCUUCAGGAGCAGAGAAGUGUCCUCUUGGAGAAGUUAACGGAAUUUGCGGUUGGCACUCAAUCCAAUCCAUGCGAAGCCUUGCGGCGUUCGUCAUUUGAUGCAUUGUUAACGCUCUACAUCCUUUUCUCGCCUGGUGAAAUAAUCGGCAAGAAAACGCCAGGAGGGUUGCUUCCAUUACUUCUCGAUGAUCAAUUGCAGUAUCGUUGUGCGGGGUUCAUGCAAGCACAAAUUGAAAAGUACGCGGAUGAGGUCGGGAAUACCCGCGACGAAGAGGAGCCGGCUGGGGAUGAGAACAGUAGCGACGUAGACAUGGAUGACGGUGAGGAGAAGCAGAAGUCGAAAGUGAACAAGUCCAAGACGGCGGGCCAUGAAAAAACAAUGUCGCAGCCUCAGCUAGAACGAGAGUACAUACUGUGCUCUGUUGUAUCCACCUUCAUUCGAGCCAUUCGAAUUGGCGUCCUUCACAUCCGUCACUCCCCCCUUCUUCUUGCGCACUUCGGACGCUUCUCGUCUACCGUCGACGUAUGCAUGAAAUCUCUCAUCGAUGUACUUCGCGAUGAAGGAAUACGAGGCAAGAACGGAGAGGAAGUAGCAGCAGCCAUCGCAAAGUCUAUGGAGGGUGCCUUCGACAUGUAUCUCGAUUCUCUAGUCUCCACCAACGAACACGCCCACGCUCUAGCAAAGGCAUUAUCAACAACAUUCGUCAUUCGCAGUGGGCACUUCGCAAUCUUGAAGCGAAUGCCCUCAAUAUAUGUCGUCUCAGUGCAUCGGAAGUGCAUUGAUUGGCUAUUCACAAAAUUGAAGGCGUCUGUUAACUUGCCCAACAAGAAGAGGCGAAAUAAAGUGGCAAGUCUUUGGAAGUGCAUGGUCCCGCUUCUGUCCACUGCUGAAGCGAGGGAGGCUCUACAAAUUAAGAAGCAUUUAGACAAUGCUAUCAAGCAAUCCCAACUCGAGGUCACGGAUGGGAAGUUGUGGGAACCUUUGCGUGCUUUCGAGAAGCGUUUGAUGAACAUUAUGGCGAAAGACAAAACCAUAGGAGAUGCUGCCAAGGCGACGACUCGCAAAGCGACACAAGCUGUCAACCAGCCAGUGAGCGAUCCCAUCGCGGGAGACAACGAUGCUCGCACUCCCACUCGACCUCCACCUCGUCCUAGACCGCUCCGAAAGCCAACGCCGCCUCCAGCACCGGAGGUGCUUGACGAUGUACCUAUGCCACAAAUUGAAGAAAACGAUCUUUCGCUACUCCCAGCGGCAGAUAUCAAUGGAAUGUCAACACCUCUAGCUAAUAGGGAUGAAUUUCGACAUGUCAAUGGACAAAAGCGUGCGAGGGAUGAAGAUGAUGAGGAAACCCUCAAUCUUGACUUGGCAGCCUCGGAGGACGAUGAAGAACAGCAAGCGCUGAAUGAUCUGAUCGAAAAUGGAAUAGGAGGAGUGUCCCAACCCAUAGCGCCCGUCAACCCUGUGAAGCGGAGAAGGAGAUAA